GAUAACGAGUAGUGAGAAUGAGCAGAAGCAUCUUUAAUAAUCGUCCUGUUACCCACUGUAUUUUCGAUAUGGAUGGAUUGAUAUUAGAUACUGAACGUCUGGCAUUUCAAGUGACCCAGAACAUUCUCAACAAGUUAUCGAAUCCACCAAAAGUACAUACUUGGAAGAAUAAGGAGAGUUUAUUGGGCCUUAAAUGUGAUGAUGUCGCAAAAAAAGUCGUCAAAAUCUACGAUCUGCCAAUUUCAUGGCAAACUUACAAAGAAAUGGCUCGACACGAAGCAAAAACUUUAAUGGAAAACUGCGAAAUUUGCGAAGGUGCUGAACGACUCAUUUAUCACUUGUACAGCAAUAACAUUCCAAUUUGUGUCGCAACGAGCAGCUCUAAAGAGUCUUUUGCAAUAAAAACGACAAACUAUAAGGAACUUUUCAGUGCAUUUAAUCAUAUUGUGCUUGGUGGAAGUGAUUCUGAAGUUAGGAAUGGUAAACCAUCGCCAGAUAUUUUCAUUGUUGCUGCAAGUAGAUUUGAUGACAUGCCGAAUUUCCAGAAUUGUCUCGUUUUCGAAGACUCACCAAGUGGAGUUCAAGCAGCCAUUGCAGCAGAUAUGCAAGUCGUUGCUAUCCCAGAUCAGUUAACUUGCAAAUCAAAAGUUAAAAAUGCAACAGUCAUUCUAGACAGCUUGAAUGACUUCCGUCCAGAAUAUUUUGGACUUCCUGCAUUCGAUGAGAAAUAAGUUAAAGUGUUUGCUAUGACGGUGGAUAUUAAAAUUUUACAAGGAUACAUAUUUUCGAUAGGAAUUUGAAGUAUCCAUCUCAGAAGCACUCAAUGAAACCGCGACGAAUAUUGAGGAUUAUUUGGUAUUCGGGUUAUGAAGUUUGUUUUUAAAACAAACUUUGUCAAAUGAACUGUAAAAAUUGACUAAAAAGAACUAAAGAAGAUUUUUACUUGAAGUAU